AUGGAAGUAGAGAUCAUUUCCCAAGAAAUAAUCAAACCGUCACUCCCAACACCUGAUCACUUAAAAAUCUUCAAAAGAUCCUUCAUCGAUCAAAUCACUGGUGGAUAUCUUGUGAGGUUUAUUUCCUUCUAUCCGAGAAAGGAGUCAAAGUUGAAGAUCAGUGAAGUCACAAAUCAACUGAAAACUUCUCUUUCCCAAACUUUAACUCGUUAUUAUCCCCUCGCAGGCAUCUACAAGGAUGAUUCAACAAUUGAAUGCAAUGAUAAAGGAGCUCUAUUUGUCACAGCCCAUGUUCACUGCAACAUGAAUGAGCUAAUAAAUCAUCCAAAGUUUCAGCAAUUCCACAAACUUGGGACCUCUUCAAGAUUUUAUGGAGAUGGAUCUUUUCAAGUCUCUGUCCAAUUCAAUACGUUUUCAUGUGGUAGGGUGGCAAUUUUCACGUGUUUCUAUCACAUGAUCAUGGAUAUCACAACAAUUAGUGUUUUCCUGAAAUGUUGGGCUGCAAUGGCCAGUGGCUCUCAGGAUCAUAAAUCUGCAGUUUAUUAUCCUGAGUACAAAUUAGCCGUUCUUUUCCCUGUGAAAGACUCUGUUCCAUUUGGUUUUUCAGUGAUUAUCAAGAGUUCGUCCCUGAAUGAAGGAAGAAGUACACGAAAAAGAUUCGUGUUUAGUUUUCAUUCCACUUUAUCAAUAAAAUCUUAA